AUGGGGCUGAGCUCUUCCAGGACGCGCCACAGGGUAACCAAGGUGGCCCCGGUGCAGGCCGGGGGCGACCUGCCCACCUCACCCUGCGUCUCGGCCCCGCGCUGGUUUUCCCACGCGCCGCAAGAAGUGUCGGAGCGGGAGAAAGCCGCGAUCCCGAGGCAGCUCCCGCCUCUCCGGGAAACUGGGUACGGGCGACCUGCUGCAGGGCCCAGACCCCUUUCUUUCAACACCAUGCUGGAAAAGGGAGACACCAGCAUCAUUAAGCAGCACCCACCUCGGAGACCUCAAAAGCUGGAACCUGCUGGCCUUCUCGCUGCUGAAAAGCUCCCAAGUCAGCAAGACGUGGCAGCAACUCCGAAAGCAAAGGCUCUGGAGAAGAGGGGGCAAACCCUGAAGCACCUCCCUGGCAGACGGCAGCACUUACACAAGCUGCAGAUGCUGGACUUGAACCGCAGGCACCAAGAGGCUGGGCUGAAGAGAAAUCUCCACAGGGAGGCAAAAAUCAAUAAACAAAAAAUCAAGGAAUUCAACACGAAGAAAGUCCUUGGCAAUCUCCAUAGAAGCAACAGCUCCGAAAGCCAAGACCUCAUCCCUGCUGAGCACAAUCAGACUUUUAAUGGAGACUGGCAUGGAAAUACAUGGGAUAGACGAUUCUCAGGGCAACACGAUGGGGCUGAAUCUUCUGCAAGCAAGAGCAGUAAAGUUGACAUGUGGUUCUGUCGGGAGCAGCCUACAAGAGACUUGUUCUGGGAUAGCUCCAGCACUGACUCGGAGGGCUGGGAAAGGGAAAGGAGGAAGUUUUAUCACAAACCUACACUUACAAGAACCAAGACGGAGAGAAUUCCUCUCUUUGAUGAGUUUAUUUUUGAUAAAGAUUUGUAG